AAAAUCCAGCCAAAUAGCUAUGGAAGCCUCCGGGAACGCGGCUAGCCGCCAGAAAAAUUCCCUUAUUCUACUGAGCUUCUUUGAGCAACAGGGCAACCAAAACGACAAACUCAAGGACGAACUGCGUCAACUUAAUAAUGAACUAAAACCAUUCCGGGAUAUCAAUGACUAUGACAGUGAUAUCCAGACAGAUGGACAUCCGUGUAGUACUAGUAAUCGACUUUAUACGGGGGAGCUGGAGCAUCACAUUGAAUUCCGAGGGAAUGAUCAUGAAAAUGAACAAGUGAGGCAAAUAGCCGCUGAAUUAAUUGACAUUGCUGAUCGGUUUGAUAACCUUGUUCUCACGCGGUCUGCAGAAAAUCUGAAUAGGAGACUACAGUCCCAUGGCGGGAAGGAAUGGGGAGCUUACCUAUCUGAAGAGGUUAAGAGGUUACUGCACGGUAUGCCCGAUUUUCAUCAAUACAGCCAGGACUUUGUUCUCAUGGCCCUGACGUUCACGCUGGUCAAGAAAGUGUGUGAACACACCCCCUCUCUGCUGCAAAGGCUCUUCAGUACAGCUGUGGACUUUGUCACGACCCACUCAUAAAAGCCACUAGUACC